AUGUGCAAAGUUUUCCCUGACAGCUUGGAAGGCGAGGCGAGAAAUUGGUUUUAUACUUUGCCAGUAGGAUCUAUCAGGAACUACGGGAUUCUGAUAGAGACUUUCCUAGAAACAUACAUGCACAAUAGCAAGGCCCGAACCAGAGUUAACAAGUUGUUCACUUUAGACAGAAGAUUCCGAGAGCCUCUAAGGUCCCUGACUGACAGAUGGAGAAAACUUUGCACCGACAUAGGGAAAGUACCAGUGGACCAGCAAAUAUUCGGGUUCAAAAAUUCGCUCGGAAAAUCAGACCCUAUCUGGAUAGCUAUGUUCACAGAGAAACCCCAGACGCUGAAAGAAAUGAGGAAGAUGCAAGAACACUACAUCGCCCUGGAAGAAAUACAGGAGGAAUCUAAAUAUAGGGGGAUACAAGAGGAAAGCGAAACAGCCGAGGCGAUACCACAAGAGACAUCGAAGCGGACCGAGAAAAGAUCAGGUCCACCUCAUAUACCAUCAGGAAAGAGAGAAUGGGUCGAGAAAGGAAAGAAACCAUGGAAUGAGACAAAGACCUAUAUGCCAUUGAACGCACCUCUCGAAGAAAUUUAUAAGGAAGUAGAAAAGAGGACUGACAUUUGA